AUGGACUCCUACAAGAAGAGAAAUCUCCCUGACAGAAGGAAAUCAACACUGGAUUCUGUUACGGAUAGAAACCACAGGAAAAAAAAUCAAAUGAUGCCUAGAUUAGUGUUAGAGAAAUCUUUCAGAGUGACUGGUGUUACUGGGUGUAAUCACGUUUCCCAUAUAUCUUCUGACCGGGUCUGGAUCUCUGAUGAUAAAGGCCAUCUAGUCCUGUCAAACGCUGCAGGUGAAGAACUACAUCGUGUUACAGAUAUAACUACAUUUGAUGGUGGAGUACACACUGUGACAAGUGACGGCGAUUUAAUUUAUAUAGACAGGAAUGGUAACAUUAACAAACUGUCUAAAGAUAACAAAGUAAAGACUGUAUUAAUACCAUACAACACAUUAAUACCGUAUAACAGAUUCACAUGGGGACCACAGUGUGUCUACAGCUCCCCCUCCACUGGAGACCUGCUGGUCGGCGAGAUGUAUGUUGACUAUACAAUGAAAGGCCAAGUAAACCGUUACACUAACACAGGACAACACAUACAGACCAUGCAGCACGACAACACAGGUCAGAGACUGUGUAUAAAACCUAUCUAUAUCACAGAGAACUGCAAUGGAGAUGUUAUUGUGUCUGACUAUUACCGUGGUGUAGUGGUGACGGAUCGUGGAGGUAGACAUCGAUUCACCUACAGAGGUCCUACAUCAGGAUCAGGACUAGCACCACGUGGAAUCUGCACUGACGCGCUGUCACACAUCCUGGUGUGUGAUCUUACCACCUUGUCAGUACAGAUCCUGGACAGUUACCAGCGACUCCUGUCACAGGCAGACACACAACAACACGGGAUAGACGUACCAUGGAGCAUGAGUUAUGAUGAAAGAACUCAGUUACUCUUGGUUGGAUCAAGGAUCAACAGCACAGUAAACAUCUAUAGACUUGUUUAUGGAGACUCUCUGACUUACUUAUCUAUAGAGACUCUCUGA